UUUUAGAGACAGUUUAUGGGUCCAAUGUGUCCAUCACUAAGAAUGAGUGACGGGACAAAUUCAAGACAGUAUAAGCCCUCGUUGAGAAGUAUUGGUGUGGGAUUAACGAGGAGUAACUUAAAUGCUAGAGCAAGAUCCAGUCCAGGAUCAGGACUUUCAAGAGAUGCAGGGUUAACUGCCCCUAGCAGAGUUGUGAUAUCUGGGUCAUCGCUGACCCCUAGACGGACACCCUCUGACCGCUAUCAGAGCAUACUGGACAAGUACCAGACUGGUUCCAGACGUCUGGGUGGUAGUCAUAACGCCAGUGAGCCCAGUAUCCCUACACCUGGGGACACAAGGCAAGAGGUUCAUGACAAACUGCUGACUGGGACAGACAUCAAUCAAAACCAACCUAAAUAUCAAUCUUCAUUGAAGAAAAACUACCCUGUGAUUUCCCUUCAGUCAAACUGGUUGAGAGGUAGACAGGCUGAAAGUCAGACAGAUGGUGUUUCACUAACAUCUACUGGUAGCAUUUCUGUAUGUAGCCAAUCUGAGAGUUCAACUGGUGAUACUACAGUGCGUGCCCUUGCUGGGGAUAGAAGAUCUGCUAGACCAGGUGAUACACAUGACAUUGACCUUGAGGACCAGGAAGAAGAUGUAGGGGUCACACAUGAGGUUCUAGCCCCAUCUUAUGGGGUUAGUGCUUUAAACAGGGAUAGUAAUAACUCUGCAGUCGCUCGUGAAUAUUUGCAAACAUUUUGUGUCGACAAAACUUUGGAAUGUGACAUAAUAAAGCAGUCUGAGUGUUCUUUAACAUGUUCAUCUUCUGAAAGUAAAAAUAAUUCAGAGCGAAGUUCAGAAUCCACCCAGUCACCUGCCCCAAUGGAUCCCACAACAGUCCCACAGCGCCCAGCACGCACCAAGAGCUUGUCUAGAAAGCAGACUGAAGACUUCACUAACACUGGCAUGAGACUGUCUCCAAGAUCUGCGGAAACUAUGUUGACAAAUGAGCUUUCACAAAAUGGAUCACACAGUUUGGGUGUAUUCUCUGGGGAAUGUGACAGAAAUCCAAAUGGAAGCCCGGGGGUACCUGUGGGCAGGCAGGAGGAGGGGGCCUCACGCGAUGCAAGUUUGAACCUUGGCCAAAGAAUGCCAGGGAAAGCACCAAAACACAGAUCACAACGAAGACUUACUAGGGGAAUUAUGAACUUCAAGAAACUGGAAGAUGAUGAGUACAUUGGUUUUGCCUCUUUGCCAGAGCAGGUUCAUCGCAAGGCCAUGCGGAAGGGAUUUGACUUCACCCUCAUGGUUGUCGGUGAGACCGGUCUUGGAAAGUCAACACUCAUCAACAGCCUCUUUCUCAUGGACCUGUACAAAGACCGAAAGGUGGACAACAUUGAAGAGCGCAUACACAAGACUGUAGAGAUGGAGAAGAAGGAGUUGGAAAUAGAGGAGCGAGGGGUGAAACUCAAACUGACCAUAGUGGACACACCUGGCUUCAAUGACUCCAUCAAUGCAGAAGAUAGUUGGCAGCCGGUCCUUGACUAUGUGGACGGCCAGUUUGAUGCCUACUACAAGGCAGAGAGUGGUCUAAACAGGAAGAACAUCCAAGACACCCGAGUGCACUGCUGUCUCUACUUCAUAUCUCCUUAUGGCCAUGGAUUGAAGCAGGCUGACGUGAUGGUCAUGAGGAAGCUCCAUCACAAGGUCAACCUCAUCCCCCUCAUAGCCAAGUCUGACAUGCUCACCAGGCAGGAGUGCAGGAGGCUAAAGGACCGGAUCCUGGAGGAGAUACAGAGGCACCGUAUCGAUGUGUACCAGUUCCCAGAAUGUGACAGUGACGAGGAUGAAGAGUUCAAACAACAGGACCAGGAACUCAAGAGUUGUUUGCCAUUUGCUGUUGUUGGCAGCAACACUGUUGUAGAAGCUGGGGGCAAAAAGGUCAGAGGCCGCAUGUACCCAUGGGGUAUUGUAGAGGUUGAAAAUCCAUUACAUUCCGACUUUACUAAGCUGCGGCGCAUGCUGAUCAGUACCCAUAUGCAGGACCUGAAGGACAUGACGUGUGAAGUGCACUAUGAGAACUACCGGGCUGAACGGCUGUCUGGAGCACAGGUCACGUCACACGCAGACAGAGGGAAACUGAAACGGGACUCUGCAGCCCCUAUGGAAGCUGACCUGGUCACAGACCGGCUGUUACGGGAGAAAGAGGAGGAGAUUCGCAGAAUGGCGGAGGUCGUGGCCAAGAUGCAGGCACAGCUUCAGUCCCAGAACAGUCCCAGGGUUUACGGCAGCGUGGCUCAGGUCUAGUAGCACUCGGGCGUCAUGGCAACAUGCCAGUGCAAAGGGGCCAGUGUCUUCAUGAAGCUGGAUGCAAAAAUAACUGGGGUUUUAUUUAUACCACCAUGAAUAGGAAUCUUUCAAUACUUAUUUACAGCAAUAAUAUUUGUAUUUUUUUACUGUUUUGGAUGAUUAUUCUUUAAUGUGAAUAAAUUGUUUAAAAUGUGCAUAUUUAUCCAAUAUUAAAGGCUGCAUAGCAGAGCUCCAGAUAAGGAUUUGGUCUAAAGGAUAUUUUACCCACUGAUUUUAUUGUUAAAGGGUAUUUUACUCCUAUGUUUCAGCCAUAAAGGGUUUUUAAAAAGGCCACGGAUCUUAACACACCUCGUAGUAAUCCAUUGCUCUAUUAUGGUAAGCGAAGACAACAGGUGCUGCACGUACGCACAGACAGUGCAAAAAUUUCGCAAUUAUGUUAUGGCACUGCUUGUACAUUUGAAAAUAAAGUCACACUGCCUGUGGGCUAUGUAAGUUAAAUAUAAACUUCUUCAAAAAUUAGAUCGCUGAAAAUUAUUACACUAGAUUAUUGGUUAAACCGGUUACGCACUUUAAUCGAUCACAAAUACGUACAAAGAUUUGUAUUGAGCCUAUUGUUAAAGCGUUGUUUUUUUUAAUUUUCAAUGCGUAAAUACGCAGAUACGCAUAUUAUAUGGAGCUCUGCUGCUAAGUAGUUACUGUUUGAAAAGAAUCUCAAAAAUCAAUCUACUUAGUUGGUUACAAGAAAAGUGCUUGAUUUUGUUGUAUGAUUAAAAAUUCCCAAUCAAGUCUAGAUAUCAUAUAGAUCUACUUACCGUUAGACAUUAUACAUGGUUAAUAUUGAAAGCUUACUGUAUGUUGUUUGUUUUUAACUUGACAAACGCUCUACUGUUAGAUUUUCUAGGCAAUAAAGUCAUAUUCAUAUGCGCUUCCGAAAUACAUAAUGAUAUUGAUUGUAAAUGAUAUAAAAAAUACACGUAUUUUCCUCCGUCUUUUUUAAAGACCAGUUACUAUAGGUCUGUUCUACAGAUAGGAAGGUUUCGGUUUUGUCUGGUGUUAUGUACUUCUGCGUAUGCAGUUUAUAUGUGUUGUUUAUUGUUGUGAUUAUUUUUUUAAUAUUCCUAGCAAUCUCGUGUGUCUGUAAACUCGGUGCGUGCAUUCCAUGUGUGCAGACCGGUAUGUACUGACGGAACGUAGUGACGUCAUUGCAUGUAUACAGUGUGCUUUCAGAAGGCUCAUUGAAGUUGUAGCCUACGAUUUGUUCUUUGUUCAUUAUUUACAAAAAUGUCGUAUGGGGCUGUCAGCUACGAUUGUUUCAGUUAUACAUCAUUGAGUUCAAACCAAGAUACUGCAAACAUCAAGAUUAUAUAAGCGCAGAUGAAAUUGUUAUUAAAACCGUAAAAACAACGCUAUUAGAGGCAAAUAAAAGCUUGCGGCGCCGAACGCCAUGAGAGUAAUAUCCCUUAGAUUGAUAUCCCUUUAAUCGCAGCGCAAUCGUGCUGUGAGAUAAGGUUUAGUGAUAUUAUGGGCAUUUUUCAUUGUUGAAUUGAGCUGAAAAGAAUUAUCAUGUCAAAAGAGUAAGUUAAAAUGUGGUAACUGAGCAAUUAUCAGCAACUCAUCUUGCUACCAGUUGUUUAUAAAAAAUAUAUAUUAUAUUCGAUUUUUUACAUGACUCACCUGGGUCCAGACCUCUAAGCCGAAAUGAUCCGUAAAACAAAAUUGUGUCUUUGUCAGUUUGUGUCGUAUGAACGAAUCUUCAUGAAAACAACAUCGAAUCAUUUCUGUUGUAGUUGUCAAAACGAAAGUACGGUUGAUAUUCAAAUGCGUUAUUUUUCUAUUUCCGGGAUAUUGUUUUAGUAUGUUGAUGCAGCAUUAGCAAGUAUAAGUGUAUAUGAAGUGAAAACAACAAAAAUAAACAACUGUUGCGAUAGACACCUUUAAACAUAGCAUAUACUGUUAGAUGCCCAUACUAUUACUUUAAAGGCUGGUCAUUUGAUCAACAUUAUUGUCUGUAUUUUUGGCUGGCUGAAAAUCGACGUGUAAUCACCGUAUAGGAGUUGUUGUCUAAUGCAAAUACGAACUAAAUAGUGGACUUUAGUCAAGUUUGCAAUUUGUUUAAAUUUAGUUGACCUUUAAUGCUUUUAAAUAAUUAGUCAACUGAAAUCGAGACAAAUGUAUAAAUAGUUUACUCUCUAUUAUCCUGUGCAAAUAACGACUGUUACGAAUUGAUUUGUUUACUCCUAUGUGUUCAUUGUUGUGUUUGUAUUCAACUUUUGUACAAAGGAAAUGCAAUACAAAUAUUAACUAUUUAUAUGAAUGUAUUAAAGAUACUAUCAAAAGCUU